GUUUUAUGUUGUGGCUGUUCAUCCAAAUUCUCCUAAAAAUCCUCAUCAUGCUGGUGCGCAUGGAGGAACAAAUAUUGGAAACUUGAAUAAUCCACCAGAAACGAUGCAUCCUUUAUAUGGUGCUGUUGUAGGUGGUCCGAACAUAAAUGAUUCGUAUGAUGACUCAAGAACAAAUAUUGUUCAAUCUGAGGUUGCACUUGAUUAUAAUUCCGCAUUUCAAGGAAUAAUGGCAUAUUACGUAAUUAAAACAUAUGUUUCGCCAACUCCGUCAAAUCCGAACGAGCCAAUAAAUCCAAAUUCAAUCUCAUCAUUAACUCAGCAACAAAAAAUUAUAAUAAUAGUUGCUAGUUUAAGUUUCAUUAUCAUAUUAUUAUUUAUAUCGGUCAUAAUAGCACGCAAGUAUCAAGGACUUGAAUUUUACAAAGGAAAGAUUCGAAAACAUCCAAAAGAUCUUGAAGAAAAUAAUCAAAAUAGAAAAUCAAUAGAUGAUUUUGAAAAAGAUUAUCAAGAUACGGAAUGUGAAACAAUAAAGAAUUCUGAACAAGAAAAUCUAUCUUCUAUUGAUACUGUGGUAGAUUCUUCUAAUGAUACUGUAAUGGAUAUUGAGUAG